UAUCACCCCAGCGUCCACGUCGUGAAUUUAAUUUUCUUGUCCCAUUGUAGAAUGUUCCUUUGCGCCUGACACUGCUUUGGUACCUCUCAAUUAUUGUCCUGCGUUGACUGUAGCUUCCAAAGAGCGCACGUCGUACUCAAUGAUUUGAUGGUGUUUGCGGAAAACCAUGCCGUCUUUGGUGUCAUUUGCGUUGGAGCUAGUGAGAACCUAUGCAGGGACACUGGCAUGGGAUCCUCUGGUCACGACUUCUCGAAGGUUGAUCCUGGUGUUGUUCUCUGAGAUCAAGGUUGGGCGUCUUACCAUCGUCGAAAGAGACGGCACAGAGACGGUCUGUGGUCAAGUUGGAGAGGAUGUUUCCCCUCGGGUUCAAAUGCGCGUAAUGCGCGAUGCAUUUUGGUUGCGCUUAGCGUUGUUUGCCGAUAUGGGCUUCGCCGAGUCGUUCAUGCUUGGUGAGAUACAGUGUCCAGACUUGACGGCCUUCUUCCAAUUAUUCAUCUUGAACCGGAACGAGCUGUCAAACGCAACCACGAGGACUUCCUACUUUGCAUCCACAAUCAGCGGGUUGUUGCGAAGCACAAAUACUAUGCAAAAUGCUCAGUUGAAUAUUAGCUCACAUUACGAUAUCAGUAAUGAGAUGUUUGCGGCAUUUUUGUCGAAGGACAUGACCUAUUCAUGUCCCAUCUGGAAGCCUCUCUCAAGGUUGGACGACCCAAAAAGGGACGAAACUUUGGAGGAUGCACAAAUGCGAAAACUUGACCGAUUCAUCGACAAUGCGAGAAUAAAACAAACGGACCACGUCCUGGAAAUUGGAACGGGUUGGGGAAGUUUCGCCAUCAGAGCAGUUCAGAGGACAGCCUGUCGUGUCACAUCUUUGACGUUGAGCCGGGAGCAGAAAGACCUCGCAGAUCGAAGAAUAGCAGACGCAGGACUGACUGACAAUAUCGAGGUCCUUCUCUGUGACUAUCGAGCUCUGCCGAUGCCUAGGGAGGGCCCGUAUGAUAAAGUUGUGAGCAUCGAAAUGCUCGAAGCCGUUGGACGGGAAUACCUGACGACAUAUUUCGACUGCAUCCAUAAGCUUCUCAAGCAGUACGGAGGAAUUGCUGUGUUCCAAUGUAUCACCAUGCCCGAGUCGAGAUACGAAGCAUAUGCCAAAGGUGAGGAUUUCAUCCGGAAAUACAUCUUCCCGGGCGGCCAUCUGCCCACCGUUUCGCAAUUGGUCGGAUCGAUCAACCAAGGCAGCAAGGGUUUGUUGGUGGUCGACUCGGUCGAGAACAUCGGUCCCCAUUACGCGAAGACACUGCGCAUAUGGAAGCAAAACUUUGAACAGAACUUCAAAGACCGUAUCAAACCGGCAUUGUUGGCGGAGCACGAGGGCAUGACCGAAAGCGAUGUCGAGCUAUUCCGGAGGAAGUGGGAGUAUUAUUUCACUUAUUGUGAAGCUGGUUUCAAGACAAAAACCCUAGGUGAUGUGAUCAUCACUGUCGCAAGAGAGGGUGCCGUGGAGAUGAUGGAGGACAUACCCCUGUAG